CCAUAAGUUUGACUAAUAUAGGUGUUAGAUGUUGGAUGUUGCAGAGUUGUUUUAGCUUGUUGUUUGGGUGACCCAGGGCUACGGUCGAUGCAUAGCCUUACGUUUCCCUGGCUAUUAAACUUCUGGUUGUACGUUAGACCGAGGCUUUAGGAGGUUCUACAGCAUGAGGCGUGGGGAAGGGCCAAAGGUGGAACUACGCUUCCUAAUAUCGACCAAAGCAGCGGGUGUGAUAAUAGGAAAAGGGGGUGAAAAUAUCAAAAAGAUUCGCGAGGAGUAUUCCGUUAAAGUUACCAUUCCUGAUAGCAACGGCCCUGAGAGGGUCCUGGUUCUGGAUGGUGAUCUCGGCUCUAUAAUCGAAAUAUUCAGAGAGAAUCUCGAGAAGAUGCAAAGUAAUCGCGAUGACGGAGUUGAUUUGCGUCUACUUGUACAUCACAGCCAAGCCGGAUGUGUUAUUGGAAGGGGUGGAUAUAAAAUCAAAGAGUUACGAGAGCAAUCAGGUCUUCACACUCUCAAAGUUUAUCAGAUGCUGUGUCCAUGCUCUACUGACAGGGUAAUUCAGUUGGUAGGUGAUUUGGGUAAAGUACUCGAUUGUCUGCGAUCUAUAGCUGAACUUCUUGAGGGUGCUCCACCUAAAGGCUCUCGCCAGAACUACGAUGCGCGAAAUGUAGAUGAGUUUACUUCUCUCGAGUACGGAGGUUGGAGCAUAAGUAUUCAAGGUCCUGGAUUAAAUUUUGUCCGUAGUAGGAAUAAUGUGGCCAAUACGAGUUACCCCCAAAAUAAUAUACUCACAACUGGACUUUUUGAAAAAAAGCAAAUCAUCAAUAAUGAUAGCUGA